AUGGUAUCGUUCGUUCCUCCUUUGCACCUUUUUAUGGUGGCAAUCUACUGGACGCUGCUGCUGCCAAUAUUGGUUCAUGGCGAAGCCCUGGAACGCUCUCAUUCGCAAGAUGAGUAUUUUUGCGACUUGUUGUCGUCGUCGGACGAUCAUCGUCGGCUGCUGGAACGCAACUUGAAACUCGGACGACUGCUACAGGAUGAAGGUGACGAUCAGAUCGCGCGGUACUACAGCUCGUCUGAAGACGACGAGGAAGAAGAAGGCUUUGAAGAAAUCACUGACGGCAAUAUGCAAAUUGCCGUGGAAGAAUGGAUCACCAAUCGAACCGGGGCCAUGAUUCGGUUUGGACCGAUUAACCAAUGGGAUGUGUCUCGUGUCACGCACAUGUACAAUCUGUUCAAGGAUAAAGGUACCUUCAAUGAUAAUAUUGGAAACUGGAAUGUUCAGUGUGUCACCACCAUGCAUGGCAUGUUUUGGGGUGCCAACCAGUUCGAUCAAGAUAUUUCGAGAUGGAAACCCGUCAGCGUCACCAACAUGUACUCCAUGUUCCGAGAAGCUUUUCGGUUCAACCAAGACUUGCCAUGGCCCGCCCGAAGUAACGCUGAAAUGUCCAACAUGUUCUUUUUAGCUACCCGAAUGCAAGGGGAUCUUUCGGACCUGGAUACUUCCAAUGUCUACAGCAUGGAUGGUGCAUUCAUGUACUCCAAUUACAAUCAAGAUAUUUCCUCCUGGGAUGUCAGCAAUGUGGUUAAUAUGCAACAAAUGUUUGAAGGGAAUACACAAUUCAACCAAUCCCUACCGUGGGAAACCACGAGUCUGCAGCUCUUUGAUCGCAUGUUCUUCAAUGCCACUAGUUUUGAACAAAGAUUAUGCUGGGAUAUUGAAGAGACAGAUAUCCCACAGUUCCAAGUCUUUUGUGAUACCGCCGGUGGCAAAUUCAACCAAUGGUGUGUCGGUGAAGAAGUCCUGUACAAUGCCAAUCGUCGCUGUGUAUCUGGCAUUGAUUCGUAUCUUCAGAGUUGGAUCGAUUUCUUUAACGACAUCGGGGAUUUCUUUACUGAUCUCCUUGACUUUAUCAAUGAAUGCCUUACAGAUAUUGGUGAGUUCUUUGCGGGAAUUGGAGAAAUCUUCGUUUGCUUUGCUCCCGAAGCCAGGACUCCGGUAGAGCAUCGAGGUUUGGUCGCCAUGAAGGAUCUUCAAGUGGGUGACAAGGUCCUAACUGCCAGUGGCCAGUAUCAACCCGUCUACAGCAUGUUUCAUUACGACAAGACAAAACCAACUACCUACAUUCAAAUCCAUACCACGUUCAGUCAGAACAACUCCACAGGAGUGCGUCCUUUGGAAUUGACACCCAGUCAUAUGCUUCACGUCGUCGGUCAUGACAACCCAAUACCAGCCAGCCAGGUUCGGUUAGGUGACUAUCUGUUCGUCAUGGACAGUGAGAAUGGCUCUUGUUCCUCCCAGGAUCUCUCAGCCGCAUGCAAGCAUUGGCAAAAGACCGAGGUUGUUGAAAUAAAGGAGGUGAUCCGGAAUGGCUUGUACAAUCCUUUGACUCAAGACGGGACCAUUGUUGUCGACGGUAUUGUCACUUCUGCCUAUACGUCCUUCUUGGGUACAGAGUAUAUCCAACUCUUUCGAAGGGUCAGUACAGCAAGUGUUGCCUCCACUACUACAACACCUGCAGCAAUGACAGAUGAUGACGGGUGGAAAGCCAUGUCGCAUCAAUCCUUUGUCCACAUGAUGUUGAGCCCCUAUCGCACUGUUUGUCUGUACGUUUCGCCCAACCUGUGCAAGCCAUCUGGAGACGGCCAAUCCGAAUCCAAGUGGUAUGGGCGCCUAGGACACGCCAUACUCUUCCUUUGGCUCCGCCAAAAUGUCCUUUUUCAGGCGGUCAUCUUUUUCGCGUUGGUGGCAAUCUUUGGCUUGAUAAACUUGGUCUUGAAUCCUUUUGGCAUUGCUGUCUCGCUCAUCCUCUAUGGGACGUCUGUGUUGUUCCGACAAAGAGACUUGCAGGAGCAUCAUAGCGCACCUAGAAAGCCUGUGAAAGCGAUUCAUGUGCAACGGCAAGAGCAGAAAGACUGGACAUACAUACUUGAAACACACAGCUUUGGCAACAGGUAG